AUGGAUUUCCCCAAGGAAGAAGAGAAAAUCCUCGAGUUCUGGAGGGAGAUUGAUGCCUUCAGGACCUCGGUCAAAUUGUCAGAGGGGAAGACGCCGUAUUCUUUUUAUGACGGACCUCCGUUCUGUACUGGAUUACCGCAUUAUGGCCACUUGCUCGCCAGUACCAUCAAAGAUAUUGUCCCCCGUUAUUGGCACAUGAAAGGUCACUAUGUCGAGCGAAGGUUCGGUUGGGAUACUCACGGUCUCCCCGUUGAGUAUGAAAUUGACAAAAAGCUUAACAUCACCUGUAAGGACGAUGUUAUGAAGAUGGGCAUUGAUAAGUACAAUGCCGAGUGCAGGGCUAUUGUCAUGAGGUACUCCACAGAAUGGAGACAAACCAUCGAUAGGUUGGGUCGCUGGAUCGACUUCGACAAUGACUACAAGACCAUGUACCCGACAUACAUGGAGUCCAUAUGGUGGGUUUGCAAACAGCUUUUUGACAAAGAACAAGUGUAUCUUGGAUACCGUGUUAUGCCCUACUCAACUGCAUGCACCACCCCUCUUUCCAACUUCGAAUCUCAACAGAACUACAAGGAUGUUCAAGACCCUGCCAUAGUUGUCAGCUUCCCACUGGUAGAGGAUCCCACUACCGAGCUUCUUGCUUGGACCACCACACCUUGGACGUUGCCCUCUCACACUGGAAUUGCGGUCCACCCAGAUUUUGAGUACAUCAAGAUCAAUGAUCAGACUUCUGGCAGAAACUACAUCCUUCUCGAGUCAUGUCUGAAAACUCUAUACGGAGAGAAGGGGCUCAAAAAGGCAAAGUACACCAUUGAGAAGAAGUAUAAGGGUAAGGAUAUGUUAGGAUGGAAGUACGAGCCGCUUUUUGACUACUUCUAUGAGGAUUUUAAGGAAUAUGGUUUCAAGGUAUUGAAUGCUACCUAUGUCACAUCGGACAGUGGUACGGGGUUGGUUCAUCAAGCACCUGCAUUUGGUGAGGAGGAUUACAAUGUCGCGAUGGAUGCGGGAGUCAUCACGGAGAAGCGGCCUCCGCCAAACCCGGUCGAUGAGUCUGGUAUUUUUACUAGCCAAGUUAGAGAUUUCGCUGGGCUUCACGUUAAGGCUGCAGACAAGUCUAUCAUUAAAUAUUUGAAGGAGAAAAAGAGACUCAUCGUCGAUGGUCAAAUCACCCACAGUUAUCCAUUCUGUUGGCGUUCAGAUACCCCUUUGAUUUACCGGGCCGUUCCCGCUUGGUUCGUCCGUAUCCCCAGUAUCAUUCCCCAGAUGUUGAAGAACAUUGAGGGCUCGCAUUGGGUUCCUUCAAAUGUGAAGGAAAACAGAUUUGCAAGUUGGAUUGCAAAUGCUAGGGACUGGAACAUCUCUCGUAAUAGAUAUUGGGGUACACCGUUACCCAUAUGGGUUUCUGAUGAUCGUGAGGAGAUUGUGUGUGUUGGAAGUGUAGAGGAACUCAGGGAGUUGAGUGGAUGCGGAGAGAUUCCGGAUCUCCACCGCGAAAAAAUUGACCAUAUCACCAUCCCGAGCAAGAAAGGAAAAGGUGUUUUAAAGAGAGUGGAGGAGGUCUUUGAUUGUUGGUUUGAGUCUGGAAGCAUGCCUUACGCCAGCAAGCACUACCCUUUCGAAAACAAGGAGCAGUUUGAGGGCUCUUUCCCAGCUAACUUCAUUGCCGAGGGAUUGGACCAGACGCGUGGAUGGUUCUACACCCUCCUUGUCCUUGGUACACAUCUCUUUGGGGUCUCUCCAUUCCAAAACUGCAUUGUCAAUGGUAUUGUGCUUGCCGAGGACGGAAAGAAGAUGUCCAAGCGUCUCAAGAACUAUCCUGACCCUACAUUGGUCAUGGACAAGUACGGUUCUGAUGCUCUGAGACUGUACCUCAUCAACUCACCAGUUGUCAGGGCACAGCCGCUGAGGUUCAAGGAGUUGGGUGUCAAAGAGGUUGUCGCCAAGGUGCUGUUACCGCUUUGGAACAGUUACAAUUUCUUCGAGCAGCAGGCACAGCUAUUGAAGAAACUGACUGGUAAGGAAUACAGGUUCAGCCCUGAGUCAGGUGGUAACAAGAAUGUGAUGGACAAAUGGGUUCUGGCCAAUUGCCAGAGUUACUUGAAAUUUGUGAAUGAAGAGAUGACUGCAUACCGGUUGUACACCGUGGUCCCUAGAAUGCUGGAAAUGAUCGACAACACAACCAACUGGUACAUUAGAUUCAACAGAAAACGUCUGAAGGGUGAAUAUGGCCUCGAAGACACAACACAUGCUCUGAACGCACUCUUUGAGGUUCUAUUUACGCUUGUGCGUGGCCUCGCCCCAUUCACACCAUUCUUGACAGAUAACAUCUACCAACGCCUGCGCCCCUACAUUCCCGAGUCACUCUUACCCAAGGAUUCCAGAAGUGUACAUUUCUUGAGCUUCCCAGAGGUUAGAGAAGAACUGUUCGAUGAGGAUGUUGAGAGGAGAUUUGGCAGAAUGCAGAAGGUCAUUGAGCUUGCACGUGUUUCCCGAGAGAGGAAAACUGUCGGCUUGAAGACACCUUUGAAAACACUUGUUGUCAUCCACAAAGACCAACAAUAUCUCGACGAUGUCAAGUCUCUCGAAUCUUACAUCACCUCUGAGCUUAACGUCCGCGAUCUUGUCCUUUCAUCGGACGAGGACAAGUACGGUGUACAAUACAAGGCUGUUGCCGAUUGGCCUGUCCUUGGAAAGAAAUUGAAGAAGGAUCUUCCCAAGGUCAAGCAAGCUCUCACUAAGCUAACGAGCGCUGAGGUCAAAAAAUUUGUUGAAGACAAGGAAAUUAUAGUCGGUGGGAUCACACUUGUGGCCGAGGAUCUCAACGUAGUCCGCGAGCUCGGGGAGUCAUCAGGGCAUAUGGAGACAAACACAGAUAACGAUGUCCUCACCAUCCUUGACACAGAGCUGCACAAGGAGCUGGAGAGUGAGGGACUUGCGAGAGAAAUUCUGAACCGUGUUCAGAGGUUACGAAAGAAGGCGGGUCUCGUGGCUACAGAUGAUGUGAAGAUGGAGUAUAGAAUCCUCAAGGACCCGAUUGGACUCGAGGAGGUCUUUGUAGAGCAUGGGGAUACUCUUGAGAAGGCUCUUCGAAGGCCUCUGGAUAAGGCCACCAUCACGCACAUUGAAAAAAUAAAUCCAGGUGAAGAUAUGGACAAGAUCAUUAUGGAGGAGGAGCAAGAGGUUUCAGAAGCCACAUUCUUGCUGAGGCUUCUAAAGCUUUAG